AAUGUAACCUGAAACACAUAACUAUGGUUCUUAUAUUCUGUACUGUAGCUUUUUGGUCUGGUAUUAAAAUAAAGUUACAAAAAAGUAUUAAGAUCAAGAAAAGGGCUACAGGGGCGCUGAACCAUAACUAACUCAGAAAACAAUAUCAGCUGCACCGAUCUGUCAGUUGCAAAUGUUUACUGUUUUUUGGUUACUGCAGGGAAAACAUGAGAGGGUGGUUGCUGCAAUAGCAACAGUCAAGAGUCUCAGUUUUCACUUGCAUAUUUAUUUUUCUAAACUUUUCUACAAACCAAUGUGUCAAAUAAGGAAAUAGUUGUUUUAAUAUUUAAUAAUACCUAAUUGCACACAGAAAAAAAGUUUUCCAAAGAAGAUUCUGGUGGCAAGAGUGUAGAGGAGUAGCAUAUGGCAUUAAAAAGAGCACAGCUGGAGGUAGCAUUUCCAUCUGAACAUGAUGUCAGAGCAGCUGACAGCCGGCCACCCCCAGCCUUUUAUUCUAACACAGACAGGGAGUUAGUGUGUGCAGGUCUGUGUGAGGAGAAGGUAUCUCAUUCCCAUCCAACAUCAUCGCCACUUUGCAACUGUCUCUCUUGGUCUGGUUUUCUCACCAAUUCAGCAACAUAGCUGGAGCCAGCAAGGUUAACAGCACAGGACUUAAUCAAGUCUAUGCAUACAGCAGGUUAUGAAGACAGCAUGGAGUUUCCAGACCACAGCAGACAUUUGCUACAGUGUCUGAGUGAGCAGAGACAUCAGGGUUUUCUUUGUGAUUCCACUGUGCUGGUUGGCGAUGCCCAGUUCCGAGCCCACCGUGCUGUGCUGGCUUCGUGCAGCGUGUACUUCCACCUCUUUUACAAGGACCAGCUGGACAAAAAGGACAUUGUUCAUCUCAACAGUGACAUUGUUACAGCCCCAGCUUUCGCUCUCCUGCUUGAAUUCAUGUACAAGGGGAAACUCCAGUUCAAAGCCCUGCCCAUUGAGGACGUGCUGGCUGCUGCCAGCUACCUCCACAUGUAUGAUAUAGUCAAGGUCUGCAAAAAGAAACUGAAAGAGAAAGCCACAGCCGAGGCAGACAGUACCAAGAGGGAAGAAGAUGCCUCCAGCUGCUCUGACAAAGUGGAGAGCUACUCGGAAGGCAGCAGUGUGAACCCAGUGUGCGAGCUCCUACCCAGCGACGCAGAGGAUGAUGACUCCGAAAGCAACAAGAGAGACUUUCUCCCCGAGCCUGGGAACAUGUGGAUGAGGUUGCCCUCUGACUCUGUGGGUGCCCCUAAGACUGGUGGCAGCAGCAGCAGGGAGGCAGAGACACACACGGCGGCAGCUGGAAAAACAGAAACUGCCACCAGUCCCUGCAGUUCGACUGGGUCUUUGUCUCAAAGGUCUGUCACUUCCAGGAGGGUGUCGGCAGAUGCAGAUUGUGUGCUGGACUUGUCAGUCAAGUCAGGCCUGGCAGGGGGUGGUGGGGAGAGCCUCCCUGGAAACAGCCCUUACUUAUGUAGCACAGUUGCAAUGGCCCCAGACAGUUUGCAGAACAGCCUGGUCCAGGUAAAGGUGGAGAAAGAAGGGGCUUCUGACGAGGAGGACUUGGGCAAUGGUAAUUAUGAGAUGGAACACAGUGGUGGGGCAGCCACCAAGAAGGCACUCCCAAGCACCAAUGGUAGGGGGCUCCAUCUCCACCACCACCACAACCACCAUCACAGCCGACUCCAUUAUGAGACCACUGCCUCUCACCUUUCUGCCAUCCGUGAGGCCUCCCUGUCCAGUGAGCUAGACCGUGAGGACAAGGCGAGUGAGGACGAUGAGAUGCUAAGCUCAGAAAGUGAACGGCCCCAAGCAGAGGCCACCAGCAUAGACAACAGCCUGCUGCCCUAUGUCUCCAACAUGCUGAGCGCACCCCACAGUCAGAUCUUUAUGUGUCCCCUGUGCAACAAAGUCUUCCCCAGCCCACACAUCCUGCAGAUCCACCUCAGCACGCACUUCCGCGAGCAGGAGGGUGUGCGCACAAAGCCGGCCAGCGAUGUCAACGUGCCGACCUGCUCCAUCUGUGGCAAGACUUUCUCAUGCAUGUACACCCUCAAGCGGCACGAACGGACCCACUCGGGUGAAAAGCCCUAUACCUGUGCCCAAUGUGGUAAAAGCUUCCAGUACUCUCACAACCUGAGCCGGCACGCAGUGGUGCACACCCGUGAAAAGCCACACGCCUGCAAGUGGUGUGAGCGCAGGUUCACGCAGUCGGGAGACCUGUACCGACAUAUCCGCAAGUUUCACUGUGAGCUGGUGAACUCAUUUUCGGUUAAAAGUGAAGCACUGAACUUGCCUGCUGUCAGGGACUGGGCUAUAGAGGAUAGCUCUCAAGAACUCUGGAAAUAAACUAUAUGAAUUAUUUACAUAAAAAGACAUACAUUAUAAAUAAAUUGGGCAGAGGUAUGUUGGAAGGGGGUGUGAGAGAGAACAUGGUCAUGAAUCAGUCAUGUUUCUUGUACUUCAAUUGCAUUUCAACCUUUUACUGCUAAACUGCACUUUAGUAGCAAAUGAAAAUGUUACUACUUAAGCUGAAUAUAUUUUAAUUUUUUUUCCUGAUUUGAAGGGACGCAUAUUCAUUUUUUUCUUACUGUAACUACAUUUUUGUAUUUAAAUUUCUUUUGCGAAAACUGAACUCCCGCCGUAUAUAAAUUUGUGAGGAAAUGUAGACAUUUUUGGUGUAACUGAAGUCAGGAACUUGGCAUCAGUAUGACAGUAAUCGCAUGCCUGGCUAUCACUUUUUUGUGUUCGACAUUUAGCCCCCUACAGUUACAUAGUAUGAAAUAUUGAACAAGAAAAAAUACACUAAAUAGGUACCGUGAGCCAUUUUUUUUUUUUAUAGUGCACUACUGUAGUUUAAAUUUAAAUAAUAAAAUAAUUAAAUGCAUUGAAAAGCCCUGGAGGGAAGCAUUGAGGGUUGGGUGAUACUGUAUAUGUUUUCUUGUGCUACUGUGAAACCUGACUGAUGGUUGACGAAAGGGAACUCAUUUAAUGUGUGGUAUCCCUUUUCAAAUGAGCUGUAGGUUUCUCACAAAUGGGUAGCUUGGCACAGAUUUUUUUUU